AUGAAUAUUAAUUUAAUAUUAAUUGUCAUUUUCAUUCUAUUGAAUCAAUUGAAUGGUGAAACCCAUCCCAAUAAAACUAAUACAACUACACCGAAAAUUACUAUGGCGACUACUGAUCUAACUACUUCAGUACAAGUAAAACUGACGACAACUAAGCCACCACUUAUCUUGAUUUACUGGAAUGAUUCUGAAUCAAGAAGUCGUCCAAAAAAAUGGAUCACAAUGUGGUCAGUGGUUAUUACAACUGUUUUUUAUUAUGUCAUAUCAAAAUAUUGA